CUCCACACUCUAAUGGCAGCCAGCAAGAAGGCCCACCCACCUUCUCACCAACUUCAUCACACUCCUCCCUUUCUCUUCAAUCCUUCUUCUCGCUGACGAAUUGUUUCCUUUUAAAAAAAAAAGAUAAAAACUGAGGAAAAUUCCUCCAAUAAAGCUAUUAUUGUGCUUCUAACUUUUUUUUUUAGUUUUGUUUUCAAAAUUGGAUUUGGGUCCGUUCUCUGUCUCUUUUCUUCCGUCGAGGCCGAUCGAAUUCGAAAACCCAAUUGAGCUCUUCGUCAAAGAAUCAUCAGAUCAUUCUACAGUUUGGUGGAGGCUUAAGGAAUUUCCCAAAAGUUUCAAACUUUAUGGUUUUUUAGUAAUUAUCAGUGUUGUGGGUGAGUUUCUUGAGUUAACAUUUCAAGAAAAGAAAAAAAUGGGAUGUGUUUCUUCUUGCUUCCGUGUGGAAGACUACGAGGACUACACGAACCCAAGUAGUUCUAUAAAUAGAAACAACCCUUGCCCUAGAUGUCUUGUUAACAGCUUACUUAACCUGUAUAUCACUUUGUUUAGAAGAAACGAAACAACCCGCUCUCUCCCAUCCUCCUUACAAGCUACUACCACCACCACCACUGUAUCCAUAACUUCCUCUUCUUCCUAUGAUAACUUCAUGUCUACCACCUUCCACUCUACUCCAAGGCCUCUGCCUUACGACGCUGAUCCAGGCUUCUUCCGUUCACGGCUUGUCUCAAGACGCGAUAAGGGUUCAAGUCAUUCGCGUGAGGAAGCUGAGCCUUUGAGAAGUCAUGAUGCUGCUGAUGUGGACUCUGAGUCUUUCUCAGUGGAAGGAAGCAAAUGGGCUAGUAGUAAGCUUAUGGUCUCUGGUGAAGAUUCUAAAGAUGACUUCUCUAAAUUCACUCGGAGGAUUGUUAAGUCGAAGUCAAUGGAUGCUGGUGGGAAUGAUGGUGUGUAUGUAAUGUCUGAUGAUGAAGAUGUUUGUCCAACGUGUCUUGAAGAGUACACAUCAGAGAACCCGAAGAUUGUUACAAAGUGUUCUCACCAUUUCCACCUCGGUUGCAUUUAUGAGUGGAUGGAGAGAAGCGAGGACUGCCCUGUUUGUGGGAAGGUGAUGGAGUUCAACGAAACACCGUGAGUGAUCAUCACUGAUCUUGUCUAGACUGAAAAGAGGGGGAGAUCAACAAGGGAACACAGAGAUGUGCAAAUUGCUUUGAUCUGUAAAUUACUGUUUUAUUAACAACAUUUUGUGUGUAUAUAUAUUGACCAAAAAAUGAAGACAUGUAAGCUCUGCAAAGUUAGAUUAUUGAGUUCUGAGGAAACACUCACAACAACAACAACAAAAGACACAGAAAUCUGAUGUUCUACACUGUUCUGUCCAAGGAAGCAUUAAACUUUUUUACAUCA